UCAAUUAAAAUUAUAACAACCAAACUAACACAAGGGCCAAAGUAAAGGGACUACUGCUGUAGUUUGCCUAUGUUGUUAUUGGGUAGAGAUUUCCCCCUUCUUGUAAUGUAUUAUUUUAUCUUUCUAAUAAAAUUCUUAUUUUUGUGUUAAAAAGAUAAAAAGAAAGAAACUUGUGUUUGUGAGUAUAGAAGGUUUAUACAAACUAGAUAUAAAAUUCUGUUAUCUGAUUUUUAUAGAGGAAAAUUGGUGAGUGGGUGGUUUUUAAAAUUCGAAAAGUUUUUUUAGAAGUGGUUGUGUCCGUACCAUUUGAGCAUGUAUUUACAGUAUAGUGAAACUUUGAGGAUGACCGAAAUUGAUGUAAUUAUUGUUAAUUGAGUCUCCAUAUUGGUCUCCACAAGUAGUACAGGCGAAAACUAUUGGAAUGUGAAAAAAAUUUAAAUGGACAAUUUUGGUUUAAAACCCUUUAACUUCAUAAUGACGUGUUCACACCAAAUGUGAUACUUUAAAUAUUAGUAUCGACUGUAAGAAUAGUCCAUUUUAUAAAAACAAUAUUUAUUAUUGAAUUUCAUUGCCAGUUCGAUGAUACACGUCAAUUAAAAGGUGUGUGUGUACCAUAUACUCUGGUUAUGCUUAUGUCGCAUUGUCAUUCUGGAUUGGAAUUUAUGCGCGCAUACACACACACAACAAUUUUGUAAAUCAUUUUCCAUAAUAUAUUGUCUAACAUUUUCAUCGUUUUGGUUGAUUAGGUAUUGGCAUACUAUCAGUCCCAUAUGCACUCUCAUCAGGAGGCCGGUUAAGCUUAAUCCUCCUCCUCUUAAUUGCUGCUUCAGCAUGCUUCACUGCGCUUCUAAUCCGACGUUGCAUGGAUUCAGACCCAUCAAUCACAAGCUACCCUGACAUAGCUGCCAUUGCCUUUGGUAGAAAAGGAAGAAUCACAGCUUCAAUUUUCAUCUGUUUAGAGCUCUACCUUGUGGCCACAGGCCUUCUAAUACUAGAAGGUGACAAUUUACACAAGUUGGCCCCAAACUUUGCCUUAAAGUUUGGAGGUCUCAAAUUAGAUGGGAAGCAUUCAUUUGUUAUUAUUGCAGGGGUUAUGAUCUUCCCCUCUAUGUGGCUUACUGAUUUGGGUGUUUUAUCGUAUAUUUCAUUUGGGGGAGUGAUGUCUUCUCUUAUUAUUAUUGUGUGUGUUUUCUGCAUUGGCACGACAAAAGGGGUUGGAUUUCAUGGAAAAGGAAGCCUUGUGAAUUUGAAAGGAAUACCCACUGCGCUUAGUUUGUAUACAUUUUGCUAUGGUGCUCAUGCCAUGUUCCCUACUAUAUAUAGUUCAAUGAGAAAGAAAAGCCAGUUUUCCAAGGUCCUAUUUCUAAGUUUUGUCAUUUGCACCAUCACGUAUGUGUCCAUGGCCAUAUUGGGUUAUCUAAUAUAUGGUCAGACUGCUCAGUCUCAGGUAACAUUGAACUUGCCUCAAGAAAAGCUCAGCUCAAAAGUAGCAAUAUACACCAUAUUGGCCGGCCCAAUUGCCAAAUACUCUUUGACCAUAACGCCAGUUGCCACUGCCAUAGAAAACUGCUUGCCAGCAAACUAUCAACAUAAUAAGCCUAUUGGUAUGCUAAUCAGAUUGGUUUUACUGAUAAGCACGGUGAUUUUGGCUGUGUUAUUUCCCUCUUUCGAGUCUGUAACGUCCCUCAGUGGAGCAUUUCUCAUUGUUUCUGUUUCCUUCUUGCUCCCAUGCCUUUUUUACUUAAAAAUAUUUGGGGUCUAUAGAAACUUGGGGUAUGAGCUAGUUGGUAUUGUGGGAAUAAUAUUUAUGGCAGUCUUAGUUGGAAUUGUGGGGACUUAUUCAUCUAUUGCUCAAACUGUCAAGCAUGCUUAGAACUACUUUGUGUAUUACACUGUUUAUUUUUUUAUUUAUAAUUUUCUUUUGUAAUAUUUUAGUAGUACAUAUAAUGAAACAAUCCCUU